GUGGUGAGAUUCGUAAAGCGUGACCACCUCUCAGAAACCGAGACAACAGACGGAGUGGUUAUAGAAGGGCCUGGGGUUAGAAAUGGUCAUAACUUUCAUUUGAGAAAAGACAGCGUUUGUAGCGAAGGAGUGACCAGUGUCUCAAGCAGUAUUCCUUGCUCGAACAGUCGUAUAAUGCCGAUAUACGAGGAAGCCAAUCAAGCUACGCACAGCCCUACAGACUCUAAUUACGUCAGCGAGUCAUCAGCGUAG